UAAAAAUUUCAAGGUUUAAAAAGUCGUAUCGAAUCUAAUCGAUUACGUAUCGAUGCUGUAAAUUGACGAUAGCGAAUUGUGUAUAGAUAGAUACCUCGGGUAUCACGCCUGUCAAGUGCGUAUCUAUGUUCAAGUUUAAAAGUUGUAUCGUAAGAGGUUCGUUACUUUAUUUUUCUAUCAGUGUUGAUCGCUGAAGAGGACAAAUGUUGUUAAACACUUCAGAAGUUUCGUCUUUAUCAAAUAUUCUGAGGUCUUCUAAAAUCUAACCUCAACGAAGCAACAGUUUCAUCCAGGAGUAACUCCAAAAAGUAGAAACCCAAAAUUUUGCUAAAUGAAACGGUGAGCGUUCACGUAACAAACAAACUCGGUUUCACAAUUCCUCGUGGUGAUCGGUUGAUUAAUUCAGGAUAUUUGUGAGUGAAUGUUGUAAUAUCUUUAUGUAAAAACGAAAGGGAGGAAGCAUGGUCUCGGUGAUGCAGCCAUUCAUGGAUGUGGAGAGCUCGAGAAGUUACAUCGAUGAACUGUAUUCGCCGGAUCCCCAAAAAUGCUUAGAAGCUAUUAUUUGUCUCAAGAAUUCUGUGAUUGGAAGUAACAGGCAGAAAGGAUCUGUAAUAGCUCAAGGCGUUGUACCUCGCUUAUUGCAGCUUCUUGGGGAUUCAACGGGCACAAUUGGAGAUCGUAUAAGACUCGAGUCGGCAGUAACCUUGGGUUCUUUGGCUAAAGGAACGGAUCAACAUGUACUGGCACUCAUAGAUCUUGGUGUAGUGCCAUUGCUUUUUCAGGUUUUAUUAUCCACACCUAUCUCAGAUGCACAUUCAGAAGGAAAACCGAAAGUAUCAGAUUUGUUAAACGAGGCAUGCUUACGUUGUUUACGUACAGUAUUCCAACAUCCAGCAGCACCAGUUCAUUCGAUAUAUCAAGAUCCUGCAUUGGUGCCGAGAUUGGUGUCAUUGGCCAAUCGGUCUGUCACUUGUCAAAUCUGCGUGGCAACAAUUCUGACUACAGCAUGCAAGACAACGGAAGAGCAGAACGCAUUAUCCAAGGGAGGCGCGGUGGAAACAUUAGCAAUGCAAUUGGAUUCUCCAUUACCUGACGUGCAAUUAUCAGCUUUGGCUUGCUUAGCGAAUAUGUGUUAUAAAAAUUACAGGGUAUGUGUUAUGGUAGCUUCAGCGACCACGAGUAACUCUAUGCAAGGUAGACUUGUGCCUGUAGCAUUAGGGCAACUAAUGGGUCGCGAAAAGAGCUCCUUGAUUCAACUUGAAGCUGCGAGAUGCGUCACGUAUAUGCAUAGAACUGGAGUUCUAUUAUGUAAAGAUCCAAGAAUUACCUAUCGUGCUUUACCGUGUUUGGUAAGGCUAUGUCAUAGAGAUCGUCCGCCUCGCGAAAGAGUGGCUGCAGCUGAAACCUUGGCUUUCCUUACCGAAGUUAAUACCGAAUUACAACGUCUAGCUUCCAUCAGUAAUCAUUUAAUUCCCACGCUCGCAGAAUUAUUACGACCCCAUCCACACGUGCAAGAUGCAACUCUAACACAAGACAUGCGACAAGCUGCGUUCAGAGCAUUUGCGUCUCUUGGUGCCAACGACGAAGAUAUUCGGAAACGUAUUAUCGAGACGAAAAGUCUUAUGGAGCAGGUUGUGUCGGGUCUUCAGGAUCCUGGAGGAUCUCACGUACGUCUCGCGGCAGUUAGAUGUCUACAUUCUCUCUCUAGAAGCGUUCAACAACUCCGAACGACUUUUCAAGAUCAUGCCGUUUGGAGGCCGCUGAUGCAGCUGUUACAUGGAGCGGAUAAAGGAUUGGAGGGUAGAGGCGAAAGCGAAGUUGAUUUAUUAACUGUUGCCUCGAGUACUUUAUGUAACUUAUUGUUGGAAUUUAGUCCAAGCAAAGAACCGAUUCUUGAAUCCGGUGGAAUAGAGUUGUUAUGCUCGCUCACAAAACGAUGUACGCCGGCGUUGCGAUUAAAUGGAAUCUGGGCAUUGAUGAACGUGGCUUUCCAAGCUGAACAACAAGUAAAGUUACAGAUUCUGUCUUGUCUGGGGACCGAUCAAAUUUUUUGUCUAUUGGCUGAUCAAGACAUACCAGUUUUAAUGAAAACGUUGGGUUUAUUACGAAACUUACUUUCUACAAAAGCGCACAUCGAUCGCAUAAUGGGCGAACAUGCUGCACACGUUAUGCAAGCUGUUAUAUUAGUUCUGGAAGAUCCAAGACACCCGGCCGAUGUUAAGGAACAAGCUCUUUGCAUUUUAGCAAACGUGGCCGACGGCAAUCGAGCGAAAGAUCAUAUUAUGGCUAAUGAAGAUGUGCUUAAGAAGCUUAUAGAUUAUAUGAUGCAUAAUAACGUAAAGCUGCAAGUCGCGGCGGUUUUUUGUGUGUGUAACCUAGUCUGGAGGGAGGAAGCUGGAGCUGCGCAGCGGCAAGCACGUUUAAAAGAAUUAGGCUUUUACCGUAUUUUACAACAAUUACGUCAAAGCAAGGAUCUUCAAUUAUUCGAUAAGGUGAGAACUGCCAUGGCACAAUUCUAUGAUGUCUAAAACAUCAAAUACGUUACCGAUGCAAAUUAGGUUUUUUGAUUUAGAAUUCUUUUAUACUUGAAAUACAAUUAUAUUUUGGUGUUAACACUGUGAUCCUGUACUUUGUUAAUGCAUAAGCGUUUUAUAUUUAUAUAGAAAAGAUACAAAAAUGAUGUCCCUGAUAAUGUAAUCUGUUUAUGUUGUAUUUAUUUUAUUUAAAAGAGAAAGCAGUAUGCAAUAUUUCUGUAUAUUUAAAAAAAAAAGAAAAAAGAAAAAUGAAAACGAAAAAGUAUGCAGUGCAUAAUAAUUGCUUCGCAAGUUUUUCUAAACGUAAAAUUGUUUGAUAUAAUGAUAUUAAAGAAAUUGUUUGAAAAUGUCGUGAAACUGACGUAAUAACAAAUUGCAAAUAUUUAUACGAUAUACUUUAACUUCGAUAAGCAUACUUUAUUAUAAAUGCAAG